AUGAUAAAGUGCAUAAUUGAUGAAAUAUUAGAAGAGUGGAAUAAAUUUUAUAAAAAUGUAAUUAAUAAUGCCAUUUUAAAAAAGGAAAAACAAGUUGUUACUAACAAAUGUACUAGGACAAGAAGAAAAUCUGCUGUUGAGCCUUGUAAAUUUAAUAUUGAAAGACAAAGAAGAUUUAAGAAAUCCUUUGAAAAUAAAAAAGAAGCUGAAAAAGCUAUUUUUAUAGAAGAAAAUAAUGUUGAUGUGAAACUUGGCAUAAAAACCGAGGAGUGUGGUAAUAAAGACAUUGCAUCACCAAUAAAUGAUGCAAAAAAUGAUAAUUUGGCGGCAAAUAUAAAUAUAAGUGAAAAAAAAGAAGAAUACGCAAACAACGUUUUUGAUGUUUUUACAUCUUUAAUUUCAGCUGCCAAUGUUAAUUCAAAUUCUAAUAAUAUAAACACUGUUCCUGAAAAUUUGCAACAGAAUUCAAAUAAAAAUUUCGAAUCGGUUGUACCAAUUAUUACUUCUAAGGAUAAACUUCAGAAUGUUUUAAAUAAAAAACCACUAUCUAAAAAAAGCUCUAAAACAAAGAAAAAGCCUGCUGUAGUGAUGAAGAAUUUUAAAAAAAAGCCAAAGCAAAAUAAUGUAAUUACUGACAUCGAUGAAAAAUUGCGCAUUAUUAAACUAGGAAAAAAAGCUUCAAUAAAUGAAGUUACUGAAGAAAAUAAAAAUAAUUUUACAUCGGAUCAACCAUUAAAAGCAGGGUCCACGGUGCCCAUUGAUAAUCAAAAAAUGUCUUUACUUUGUGAUAAUCAGUCGUUCAAAGAGCCAACUUUGCCACAAUUGAAUGAUAAGGCAGAGUGUAAUAAUGAUCUUGAAAAUCAUUCUAUUAAACAAGAAAGCGAAUGUGUACAAGUCAAAAAUGAAGAUUUUACAAAAAAUAAUGAUCAGGAAGCAAAACUUAAAAAGAAAAAUGAGAUUCUUAAAAGUAUUUUUAGAAAAGAAAAAUUAAAGGUUGAUAUGAAACGUAAUAGUGUUUUUAUUAAUGAAAAUAAUACAAACUGUAUCAAAAAUAAUAAUUCUAAAGAACUGAGCAAAUUUUCUGGUUGCAAUAAUGUUGAUAUAGGAAAAUUAGAAAAUAAUUUAGUAGAUAAAAAAUUUGCUUUAUUACCGAGAAGAUUAGAUAAUACAUCUAUACUUUUAGCAACGCCUGAAAAAAUUAAGUUUAAAUUUGACAAUAAAAAAAUACAAGCAGAUUUAUUGUCAAGCGAUGUAAAAUCACCCAAGGCUAUGAAAAAUAAAGUUUAUGAUGUAAAAAGUUCAAAAUUUCUUAUUGAACCUAACAUAAUGAGAAAUGAUUUGUACAAAAAAGUAAUUGAUAGUCAAAGAAAAGGCCUUUCACAAAAUGAAUACAAAUCGAGUACAAUAAUUCCCCACAUUAAAUCAGAUGAUGAGGAUUCUUUAAUUUUCAUUGAACCUCUUUUUUGCAAGGAUCCUGAAAUUAAUGAAAAGGUAUGCAAACAAAGUCACAAACAACUUGAAGAGUAUUUUAAUUUAUGUGAAGAUAUAAAUGUUGUUGAGAUAUUUCCAAAUAUUAAAGACAUAACUAAUGAUAGUCCAAAUAAAUGGAAUUGA